AUGUUCAGCAUCGCGACUGUCUCGAAACCAACCACCAUCGCUUCCUCAAGCAAUCUCACCAACAGCUCCACCAAGCAGCCUCCCACUCGUCGCACAGCUCGCUGGACCCGUCCUCGGCCACGAGCGACAUCAUCUCUACCGCUUACAAUGCCGAAAUAUAAGUCACUCCCGCCCAAUACCCCCUGUCUACGCUGCGUUCGAAAGGCCCACAACAACGGACGAAAUCAUAUUCGAAAUGUGGUUGAAUACUAUCAGCAAAUCGGACAGGAGCGAGCCCAGUCGGUGAUUGAUACAAUUACGAAUUCGUACGCCGCUGAAGGACAUGCACUACCGUUCCCUGGUAUGCCUAUGAUGCCCAGCUUCCCGGGUGGCCCACCGCCACCUAGCGGACUGCCGUCUGGAAUGCCACCACCACCAUUCGGGUUCCCAGGUGGUACAGGAAUGCCACCACCACCAGGAGGAUUCCCUGGCGGUUUGCCACCUCCGGGAGGGCGAGGUAUGCCUCUACCACUUCCAUUGCCAGGCCAGCCCGGCGCUCCACCUCUUCCUCUCCCAGGCAUGCCUGGCGCCCCACCAUUUCCGCCAAAUUUCCCUCUACCGACAAACCUCCCUGGAGGUAUGCCCCCCUUAGGUCCUAAUGGUAUGCCACUUCCAAUCCCUCCACCAGGUGGUCUGCCAGCAGGAAUGAUACCACCUCCAGGUUUUCAUGGCGGUCCUCCUGGUCCGCCAGGUGGGAUUAACCCCCCUCCGGGCCUGGGAAUGCCGCUUCCAGGCGAUCCACGGCAAAUCCCCCCCUCCUCAACAGCAGCAACUCAGCGGGUUCGGAAACCCACCAAGCUAGGUGCUUGA